AGCGGACAUAAAGGAUAUCCUAUCGACUGGUCCCACACGAGAUAAUUAUAUUCGUUUUUUUCAUACUCUUCUGUGGUACGAAGAAACAAUUCUUAGGAUUAACUUGAAGAAAUACAACAAACCAUCUUUACCUUUACAACGUGAAAUUGGUUGUUAUGUACUAACUGUACCUGGUUUGGCAGAAAAGAGGCCAUCACUGAUGAUUGGCGAUUUUCUAUUAGUUAUACCGCCGGACUCCGGUGUGGUAUUCGAAGGCGUAAUUAACGAUACGACUGAAACCACCGUUAAAAUUCAAGGACUGCACAAAGAUUUUGACGCAUAUUACGAAAGAAAUAAAGUCUUCGAAAUUCGUUUUAUAUUAUCCCGGUCCUCAUUAGAACGUAUGCACCAAUAUGUCCAAUGUAUUAAACAAGAACAUCAAGAGUCCAAGACAUUUCCUACCAAAAGUAAAAAAGUGAAAAAAGUAUAUCCGAUUUCAAUGUUCUACAAUGCACUGAUUGGCAAUAAUGUGGAACAACGUAUGGCUGUGGAAAAUAUAGUAAGUAAGACCAGUGGACGAGCACCUUACUUACUACACGGCCCGCCCGGUACUGGCAAAACUGUGACAGUUGUUGAAGCUAUACUGCAGUUGGUGCAGAAAAAUUCCAAUAAUCGAAUACUGGUGUGCACGGAUUCCAACAUGGCCGCCGACCACGUGGCAGCGGCUCUCGUAAAAUACAGGACAAGGUUUCCGCAAAAGAAUUUUCUGUUGCGCGCCAAUUCUAAACUUAGAGCUUGGUAAUUAUAAAUUUCACGUAUUUACAAUAUGUAUCGCUAUGUUGUGCUAUUUCCCUGAUAUGCUGCUUAAU